AUGUGUGGUAAGGUUGGUCAAGGCUUCCAUGCUGAGAGACUCCGAUCCGCGACUGUAGCGGUGCGGCAGCACUGUGUCUUCUGUGCGACGUUCCCUAAGAACUGGGCCGUUCCGUGUGGGGGACCCUUUUUUGACAUUAGUAGACUCAUGAAACUGCCUGCUUACAGUGUCGUCGGGAUCGACUACGUCUCCUUGGCACCUAAGGUCCAAGCCGUUGUCUGCAUCUGUGCUGCAGCACGGCAUUGUACUUUGUUAAGUACUCCCAGAGAGGACUCAAAGUGCUCUCUGGAUUCUAUCAAGGAGCUGACUUUGAUGUUCGGCCGUCCAUUGUGCGUCUUCUCAGACCGUGCGGCUUACUUUCGCAGCAGUUUAUACUUGGAUGGUCUCAAGAACUUGGGUAUUCAAAGUGUGCAUUUGGCUUCUCGCUCGCCAUUUGAAGGGUCUCUAUAUGAGCGCCGAAAACAAGGAGUUCGCCGUCCACUUCGCUUCUUUGGUGAGUUGCCAUUACUCAGGCGACUAUUCGCCACAUUUGAUUCUGACGUUGCUUCCUUGCGGAUGUUGUUGAUGGAGAUUUCGCUCAUUAUGAAUCAGCGACCGCUCGGUAUCAGCAGUACUGGUGAGGAAGUGAAUACUAUAUGCCCUGAUAGUCUGUGUUUCGGUUAUAUCCGACGAACAGAUCGCCUCACUGAGCCCUUGCUCGAAUUGUCUCAAGAUGGUGUUCGCUGCGAUGGGGAUGAUGAUCCCGGUAUCGACCUCCUCAUCAAAUCUUCUGCUGUUCGUCAAGGUGGUCCGGGUUUCUUACCUGGAGGCGCUCUCGGGACGCCUCCUAGGCGAUUGUCAGCUUGGUUGAAGGAUCGUUCCACCCGCAAUGCCCGGGGUGGCAGUAGAGGUAGAGCGGGAGUUCUUUCUUUCGCUGCUGAUGAGUUGGUCUUUGUCAAGAGCGGCAAGUCUAUCAAUCCUGCUCGGGUUGUGAAGACUCUCCCUGGCUCUGAUGGUGUUGUUAGACGUCUCUUAGUACGUAACAUCAAGUCAGGUCGAGAAUCCACCGUCUCUCAUCAUAAUGUCGCUAAGUCCUGCAUAGAGUCAGAUCUUGAGGUGUAG